AGUAGAGAAUGCUAAUUCCCUGAAACAUUUGGGAGAGGUGUCACUGAAGGAGUUUAAUGAUAGGAAUUCCUUACUGUUUUCAAAGUUUCUGACAUGCCAUUUGGGAGAGAUUUGUGGUAUUCUAAUCCUUGCAAUGUGUUUUACAUGGAGACUUUGAAAUUUUGUACAACUUAAUGGCAAGUAUUUGUCUCAGAGUCAUUCUACAGUGAAGAAAGAUUAGCCUCAUACUACCAGAGUUCAAGGUAAUAUACCUGUUACCUUGAGGAAUAACAGGACAUAAACAGGUCUUUGUGGCUAAGGACAACAGAUGUUCUUAAAGCAAGCUAUAUGUUAACUAGUAUCACAGUUUACAAAAACUUGACAUUGAACUACUCUAAGGUCACCAACAGAUCAAGCCCAAUUAAUAAACUUCAUACAGUUUACUUUGUGUAACUUUAUAGUAAAUGCAGGGUGUCCCCCCCCCCCAGUUAUGAUGAAAUAUUUGACAAUAUGCCUUUCUGUAACAAAUUUAAAAAUGUUUUGAACAGAGAAGACAGACAAUCCAUAUACUAUUUGGAGCAGGGUUUAAUUAGUAUAGUCCCCCCCUACCCAAUUAUACUAGUUGAGAUUUUGAAAUGGAAUGGUAUCAGGUGAAUUGAGAGGUAAAUGCACUUUGAAAAUGGGUCUGAAAAGUGGGGAUUAACCUUCAUUCCUCACUCCUAGAAGAUUAAAAAAAAAAAAAGCACAGAGGCACUGAGUAGGCACGUUUUCAGGGUGCUUUUAUAGAGUGAGUGAUAAACAAGAGUCAAUAUAUUUCUUGCACAGAAUUGUUGAUUUUUAAGAAAAUGCUUAUAAGGAGAUCAGUACUUCAUUUUAUUGUAUUAUCGCUAAUGAAAUUUUACAUGAAUAUGAAUUUGCUGGAUGCAGAGAAAAAUUAAAGGUUGCGGUUAAUAGACACUGCCAUUUGGAGAAAAAAAAUCAGUCAAAAAUGCAUUUUUGAAACUAAAUUAGAAAAAUAAUUUGACAUGCAGCAUUUGAACUGAGGCAUAAUAGUAUAUUAAAUAUGACUCAACUACUCUACAAAGAUAGGUUGAGUGCUGAAUAAUAGUGAUGGAGGUUUGUGUGGUGGGUGAGAAGGCUAAACCAUGGGAUGAGUUGGAAAAUUCUGAGACAUCUAAACUCAACUAAGUUCUUAUUGUAAGUUCUGCUGUUAGAUUCUGUUAAGUAGGAAAGUAGGCUUGGAAGCAUUUUGAGAUCCAUCCUGUUUCCAACUGCAAAUACUGGUCUCAGCAGUCCCACAGUGCCUUGCAUGUAAAGGUGCUCAAUAAAUAUUUGAAUCAGUGAGCAAAUGUUUACUCUAGACUGUUAGUUUUCCAGGAUCUUAUAAUUGCAUCUAUUUGCAUGUUAAGCCUAGGGUGAAUUUAAAAUCUGAUCUAAUGAGCAUAGUGCAAAACAGACAUGUAGAAUUUUAGUAUCUGACAACCAUGUAUACGUAUUUAGGAUGUAGACAAGCAGAAUAAAAAGUGAAAUAGCACAUGGAUAGUGAAAUACAUAAGGGACAGCUGCAUUUUGGAGGGUGGGAUAGCAAUUACUUAAUUCGGAGAAAAGGGAAUAAUGCUUCUAUUCACACUGGACCUGGGACUACUAUUUUCUGAGCAGAAGUCUCUUCAUUACACUGUUCUCAGUUGGUUUUCGCCUAGAUCAUCUUAAGACAACGAAAGCAGGAGCUUGGAUUUUCUUCUGCAACUUUAUAGCUUCAGAUGGGAGUAAUUUGGGGAACAUUUUCUCUAAGGGGAUAAACCAGGGUAGCUCCUGACAGGAAAUGACCAAUGACAUUUUUUUGUAAACUCGUUUCCUGGCCAUAAGUGGUUAGGUAAGUGAGAAAACCACUAGUGGACACAAAAGGAUCUGGAGAGAAUUAGGGACAAUUCUAGUGGGUGGAGAUGGCAAUUGCUGGGGAAUGCAGCACAUAAACAAGGACACCAGGUGGCACCAUUAGCAGUGUUCCAUUACCUCUUGGAGAUAAUCACAGAAUAGCAAGGAGGUGAAGGAAUCAACCCCGUUUCAUACUGUUGUGGCUAAUGACCCUUGCCUUCUCAAGAUUUGAGAAAUAAAUGUGAAAAUCCCAUUUUAUAUGUCAUUUCAUCUGCGGUGCAUGCUUAAAGGGAAGGAAGCCUCAUGCCUCUGGUAGCUGUUGCCAGUUGGUCUUCUAGGAGAUGACUUCCCAGAUCUUUAUGUCAAUCUGUGAGCUUUACAGUUUUCAUUUUUAAUACGUGCUAUCAUAUACACAAGUACGUAACCUGUUUUGCCUCUUGGCUGUACAAGACGCAGUCGCAGCAGUGGGUUGGGGUUCCUUCCCUUUUGCUAACAUUGCCAACUUCCCCAGGGGUUCCAAGGACCUGGAUUGGAUGAGUGAUACAUUAGUGUACUAUUUCUCUUUUGGCGUAAGCUAACCUUUUUUUAAGGUAAUUUGUUGAAGUAGCAACGAGGCAGAAAGGCUACUAGAAAAUAAACCUAGGUCGAGACACGUGUGAAAUAAUACGUAAAGGUAUUCUUCUGUGUGUCCCCCCCAGCCCCGCUCAAGAGCUAGAAAAACGAUACCAGUAAAUCUAGUGCCAGGAGGCUUGGCGGUGACCUUUACUGGAAAAAUGUUUCACCAGUAAAAUUUGACAGGAACAUGGAAGAGAUCUGGAGCAACAAAACUCUAGUUAACUCUAGAUGAGCGCGCGACGGGACACUGGAGGCUUAAGAAAUCACGAAACAAGUUAAGUCCCAUAGGCACAUUCACUUUUGCCCCCCUCCCCGCCUAAAGCGCUAUUCUAGACUAUCAGCUCCCACCCCUUUUAUCAUGGUCAAUCAGGUAACCUAGUUCAAUACACUUCUUAGCUGUCGAAAAAAUUACGCAGGAGAGUCAUUUCUACGUAGGCCAGGACUCCAGGCAGGCGGCAAGCAGGAACUAUUCCAACAGCUUUAAAUCCCAGCCCCUGGCUGGGGUCGAUGGGAGCAGAGCCUUACGGCUGUACCUCAGUCGUGUAAUUCUGAGCUAGGAGUUAGUUUCGCCUCUGGUCCCUAGGGCCUAUCGAAUGCCAACCGUAACACCCUGGGGGCGUGGUUACCGUCUUGUUGGGGCUCUGAGAAGUGCACUUGUCUGGGGGACCAGGCCUGAUAAUACCAUAAAAGGCUCGGUUUCUCAGUUGUGAAACCAUGUUCUGUUGACCCUCCUCUAGGAGCGAUACCCGCGACUGCAUGUGAGGAAUCCGUGGUUCUUGAGUCCCGCAGUCCUUAACUUCCUAGGCCCUUUCACUGGCUCCGCCCCUCACAAGCCUUACUCGUCCACCCUGGGAACGCCCUCUUGCGUACACACCGCACCCCCCGCUUCGGCUCCUCCCAUCCAGCCUGUAGCUGAGCCCGGGCGGUAGUUCGCGUUUUGAGCCGCUCGUGCCACCAUAGCUGCUGCUGCCGCUGUCGCUACGAAGCUGAAAUCGCUGAGCGCGAUGCCUGAGGGCGCUGUGAGCUCUGCGGCCCCCGCGCCCCGGGGCUGGUCAGUGAGAGGGCAUACUGAAAGGCCCUGUGGAGUGGGAAAGCAGAGCCGCUGUUGAGACAAGUCCCAAGAUUGGGCCAGACACUGACCCGGGGGCUCCUCAUCAUGAUGGCUGUAGAAGGGUCAACCAUUACCAGCCGGAUCAAGAACCUUCUGCGAUCCCCCUCCAUCAAAUUACGCAGAAGUAAGGCAGGAAACCGGCGAGAGGACCUGAGCUCCAAGGUGACCUUGGAGAAGGUGCUUGGAAUAACAGUGUCUGGAGGCAGAGGACUUGCCUGUGACCCCCGAUCGGGUUUAGUUGCCUACCCAGCUGGGUGUGUGGUCGUGCUGUUCAAUCCCAGGAAGCACAAACAGCACCACAUCCUCAACAGUUCCAGGAAAACCAUCACUGCCCUUGCCUUCUCCCCUGACGGCAAGUACUUGGUCACUGGAGAGAGUGGGCACAUGCCAGCCGUGCGGGUUUGGGAUGUAGCUGAGCACAGCCAGGUGGCAGAGCUGCAGGAGCACAAGUAUGGUGUGGCUUGUGUGGCCUUCUCCCCUAGCGCCAAGUACAUCGUCUCUGUGGGCUACCAACACGACAUGAUCGUCAAUGUCUGGGCCUGGAAGAAAAACAUUGUGGUGGCCUCCAAUAAAGUGUCCAGUCGGGUCACAGCAGUGUCCUUCUCUGAAGAUUGCAGCUACUUUGUCACUGCAGGCAACCGGCACAUCAAAUUCUGGUACCUUGAUGACAGCAAGACCUCAAAGGUGAAUGCCACUGUGCCCCUGCUGGGCCGCUCAGGGCUGCUGGGGGAGCUGCGGAACAACCUGUUCACCGAUGUGGCCUGUGGCCGAGGGAAGAAAGCGGACAGCACCUUCUGCAUCACGUCCUCAGGGCUGCUGUGCGAGUUCAGUGAUCGGAGGCUUUUGGAUAAGUGGGUGGAGCUGAGAAACACAGACAGCUUCACAACCACCGUGGCCCACUGCAUCUCCGUGAGCCAAGACUACAUCUUCUGUGGCUGCGCUGAUGGCACCGUGCGCCUCUUCAACCCCUGUAACCUGCACUUCCUCAGUACCCUGCCCCGGCCCCACGCCCUGGGGACAGACAUUGCCAGUGUCACAGAGGCCAGUCGCCUCUUCUCUGGAGUGGCCAAUGCCAGGUAUCCAGACACCAUUGCCUUGACCUUUGAUCCUACUAAUCAGUGGCUGUCUUGUGUGUACAACGACCACAGCAUUUAUGUUUGGGAUGUGAGGGACCCCAAGAAAGUGGGCAAGGUGUACUCGGCUCUGUAUCAUUCCUCCUGCGUUUGGAGUGUGGAGGUCUACCCCGAAGUGAAGGACAGUAACCAGGCCUGCCUGCCCCCCAGUUCCUUUAUCACCUGUUCCUCUGACAACACUAUCCGCCUGUGGAACACAGAGAGCUCUGGGGUGCAUGGCUCCACCCUGCACCGAAACAUCCUCAGCAACGACCUCAUUAAGAUCAUCUAUGUGGAUGGGAACACUCAGGCCCUGCUGGACACUGAGCUGCCUGGGGGAGACAAAGCUGAUGGGUCCCUGAUGGAUCCCCGCGUGGGCAUUCGUUCUGUGUGUAUCAGCCCCAACGGACAGCAUCUAGCUUCAGGGGACCGUGUGGGCACACUCAGGGUGCACGAACUGCAGUCCCUAAAUGAGAUGCUGAGGGUGGAGGCCCAUGACUCGGAAAUUCUAUGCCUGGAGUACUCUAAGCCGGACACAGGUCUGAAGCUGCUAGCGUCAGCCAGCCGGGACCGGCUGAUCCAUGUGUUAGAUGCUGGACGGGAGUACAGCCUGCAGCAGACGCUGGACGAGCACUCAUCCUCCAUCACUGCUGUCAAGUUUGCAGCCAGCGAUGGGCAAGUCCGCAUGAUCAGCUGUGGAGCAGACAAGAGCAUCUACUUCCGCACUGCACAGAAGUCUGGAGAUGGAGUACAGUUUACACGGACACACCACGUGGUACGGAAGACGACCCUCUAUGACAUGGACGUGGAGCCCAGCUGGAAGUACACAGCCAUCGGCUGCCAGGAUCGAAAUAUUCGGAUCUUCAACAUCAGCAGCGGGAAGCAGAAAAAGCUGUUUAAAGGGUCGCAGGGUGAGGAUGGCACCCUGAUUAAGGUGCAGACAGACCCCUCAGGGAUCUACAUUGCUACCAGCUGUUCCGACAAGAACCUCUCCAUUUUUGACUUCUCCUCAGGCGAGUGUGUGGCUACCAUGUUUGGCCACUCAGAGAUUGUCACUGGCAUGAAAUUUAGUAAUGACUGCAAACAUCUCAUCUCUGUGUCAGGGGACAGCUGCAUAUUUGUGUGGCGCCUGAGCUCUGAGAUGACCAUCAGCAUGAGGCAGCGUCUGGCUGAGCUGCGCCAGCGUCAGCGAGGGGGCAGUCAGCAAGGACCAUCCUCUCCCCAAAGGACUACUGGGCCGAACCGGCACGAGGCCCCAUCGAUGCUUUCUCCUGGACCUCCUCUCUCAUCAGACAGUGACAAGGAGGGAGAAGACGAGGGCACUGAAGAAGAAGAGCUUCCAGCUCUGCCCAUCCUUGGUACCAAGAAAGAGCCAGCCUUGGUGCCCAGCCCAGCACUGCCCCGAAGCCUGUCCCACUGGGAGAUGAGCCGGGUACAGGAGACAGAGGAGUUCCUGGACCCAGCUCCUUCAGCCAACCAAAGACCCAGAAGAAGGGGGCGCUGGGCUCAGCCAGGUGUGGAGCUGAGUGUUUGCUCCAUGCUGGACCUGCGGCAGCUGGAGACACUGGCCCCAAGCCCUCGGGGCCCUAGUCAGGACCCUCUGGCCAUGACCCCUUCUGGUCCUGGGAAGCAUGGUCAGCAGGCCUCUGAGACCUCACAUGCUAGCCAGAAUGAAAAGCCCCCUCGGCCUCAGGCUUCCCAACCCUGUUCCUGCCCCCACCUUAUCCGAUUGUUGUCCCAAGAGGAAGAGGUCUUUGCCCAAGAUCUGGGGCCUGCACCCAUCGAAGAUGGUAUUGUCUACCCUGAGCCGAGUGACAGCCCCACCCUGGAUACCAGUGAGUUCCAGGUGCAGGCACCAGCCCGAGGGACCCUGGGAAGACUGUACACUGGCAGCAGGGGCUCAGAGAAGCACAGCCCUGACAGCGCCUGCUCUGUGGACUUCAGCAGCAGUCGUCUUUCCAGCCCUGAGCACCCUAAUGAAGACUCUGAGAGCACGGAGCCCCUGAGUGUGGAUGGCAUUUCCUCAGACCUUGAAGAGCCAGCCGAGGGUGAUGAGGAAGAGGAGGAAGAGGAGGGAGGCACUGGCCCCUAUGGGCUGCAGGAAGGCAGCCCCCAUACCCCGGACCAGGAGCAGUUUCUAAAACAGCACUUUGAGACUCUGGCCAAUGGGGCUGCUCCAGGGGGCCCAGUCCGGGUACCAGAGCGGACAGAGUCUCGGAGCAUCUCUUCACGAUUCCUGUUGCAAGUGCAGACCCCCCAACUCAGGGAACCGUCCCCAUCUUCCUCAAGCUUGGCACUGACGUCGAGACUGGUCCAGGUGCCGCAGGCUUCUGGCGAGCAGCUGAGAGGCAGUGGUGCCAAUCCUCCAGGAGCACCCCCAGAGGUGGAGCCUUCCCCAGGGAAGCCUGGCCCCCAGCAGGCAGCCCCUGUGCUGUUGCCACGACGCCGUCUCAACCCAGAUAGUAGCUGCGCCCCCAAGAGAGUAUCCACAGCCAGCCCCUCAGGCAGACUCCAGAAAGCCCAGUCUGUGCAGAGUCUGGUGCCACAGGAUGAGGCCCCUCCACCAGGCCCAUUGCUCUUACAGGAGAUGGAGGUACAGAGGCGCCUAUGUUCCCUACCCCAGGCUGAUAGUCGUCUGUCUCGGCCCCAUUCCUACCAGAACCCCACCACAAGUUCCAUGGCCAAGAUAUCCCGCAGCAUCUCUGUUGGGGAGAACCUGGGCCUGGUGGCUGAACCUCAAGCUCCUGCCCACAUCCGAGUCUCACCACUCAGCAAGAUGGCCCUGCCCAGCCGGGCUCACCUGGUCCUGGAUAUCCCAAAGCCACUGCCUGAUCGUCCUACCCUGGCCACAUUCUCACCUGGUACCAAGGGCCGGGCCCCUGGUGAAGCAGAACAGCCUGGCUCCCCAGUGGGCCUAGGAAAGGCUCACAAUACAUCUGAGAGGCCGGCCUGUUUUGGGGAGGUUGCCACUCCCAAGCCUAGGACAGAGUGCCAGGCUCAGCCUGGGCCCAACAGCCCCCAUGCUCAGCAACUGCCAGUCAGCAGCCUCCUCCGAGGCCCUGAGAACUUGCAGCCCUUACCCCUUGAGAAGACUCCCAGCCCCAUGGAAUACACCAAGCCAGGGGCAGCCCUGAGCCAGGACUCAGAACCAGCCAUGAGCCUGGAGCAAUGCGAACAACUUGUGGCAGAGCUCCAGGGCAGCGUGCGCCAGGCAGUGCGGCUCUACCACUUGGUGUCCAGCUGCAAGACACCCUCAGUGGAGCAAAGUCGCAUCACUCAGCUCCUCAGAAACACCUUCUCUUCAGUGCGGCAGGAGCUUGACAUCCUGGCCGGGGCUGCAGUGUCCAGCCCUGGCGGGAGCCCUGGGGCAGUGGGGGCUGAGCAGACGCAGGCCCUGCUAGAGCAAUACUCAGAGCUGCUGCUUCGAGCCGUGGAGCGGCGCAUGGAACGCAGACUCUGAGUUCCAGAAGCCUGUCCCAAGUGAAUGCUCCCCCUCUUCCAAACUGUAGCCCUUCCUCCAUUCACCAAAACCUGUGGGGAUGCUUGGAGUGGACAGCAGGGAUCAGUGCUCAGAGGGGAAGCAGCUUUCCCAGCUGCUCCUCAUGGGACCCCUGUAUUUAUUAAUUUAUUUCCCUGACUGUUGCCUCACUUUCUUGGAACUCCUGCCUCCACAGCCCUUCAAGUGGCUUAUGCAGGGGUAGGUCUUGGUUGUCUUCGUCAUCUUGGUGCUGUGAGGAGUAGGAGGGCAGCAUGCCCCAUCUAGGGGAGAAGCUAGCCCUCUCUUCUUAGAAGCCAUUUGAAAUUACUGCAGGGAUCAGCUCCCUGGAGUGGAGCACACACAGGGUAUUCAGUGGGGUAGAGGUGAGAGGUGAUCUGGUAUCCAUGCCUUUUAGCCAACAGCGGAGCUUUACCUCUACCUCCACUUCCCCUCCCACACCAGCUGCACUCCCCUGGCUGCCAGAGCAGCGGUUAUCUAUUUCCCCCACUUCUUGGCAGUUCAGAAAGGCAGAGCCCUCUGGCCCUCCAGGGCACUCCCAGCCAUCAGGAGGCUUGAGUUGGUAUCAAGGCCUGAGCCCCCACAUUCCACUCCCAUUCCCCCUCCAAGAGGGCCCUAGCAUUGUCUCUUCCUGUGCCCCUCUCUCUCUCCUGGCCGGAACUUGUGGAGCCAGCUGUGGGACAUUGCUGCAGGACAGUAAAGCCCUCUGCUGGGCAUACAUGAAGCCCUGGCCUCCUUUCCUCAGCUCCUUGACCUUCCCUGUCCUCCAGCCCUGGUCCCCAGCAGGUUGCUGGAGGCCACCUUCUCCCUGCAUCCUGAGUGAUGCUUAGUCAGAAGCCUGUGUUGGAAAUUCCCUCAUGGUUUACAGGGCGCUGGCUCACCUUCUAAGGACCUUGGUCACAGAUGAAAUCUAUAUAGAUGCACGCGCACGCGCGCACACACACGUACGUACGUACGUACGUACGUUGAUGCUGGCUGAUGUGUGCCUGGUUUCCUCUCAUGGCCUGCCCUAGCUUUACCACCUUGCUACUAUCAAAGAACGUGAAAGGGAAUGGAACACACUAAACCUGAAUUCUGGAUUCUUGGUGUCCGCAGCCUAGUGGAGAUGGCCCACAGUUUAUCUGGUUUGAGUAGAAGGAGCCUCCUCAGAGGGGUGCUCUAGAUACUGGAGGUUGAAGAGAGGGAGGUGCAUGGGACUGCAGCAGGGGUCAAGAGACACAAUGGAGAGGUGGUAGGUGGGACAGGUAAGUCGUAGAGGUGAGGGGAUAGAUGAGAAUUAGAAGGGCAGUUUUAGAGGUGAGGAGAUAGGGCACAGUGGGUAAGUACAGUAGGACCAAGUAGUGAAGCGAAGAGUUGGGGUAAAGAAUAUGUGUCUCUGGGCCCCACUGCUUCCCUCUGUCUCAGGUAAGUCAGGGCAGCUCUGCCACAGCUCUAGGCCACUAAAGCCCAUUUUCCCAUGGACAGGCCUUUGGGCCCUGCUGGCUUUAUUGGUGGAGGCUUAGAAAGAAAUUGGAUUCUGAAGGGUGCCAGCUCUGUUGCAUCAGUCUGAAUGCACCUGAACAGAUGAAACUUAUUUCACCCUCACUUUUCUCUAUUACCACCACCUGCGUCGCCAAGCUGCAAAGAAUCCUGGCCCAGGAACUCUCACAGCUAAGGGUGGACACUGGGCAUGACUGCGGCUGCCCGGGUCAGGUUAGAAAUCCACUCACGGUGUACCCCUAACCAGCACACCAGCCACAGUCCACCCUAAAUGAGCUCAGGCCUGGUCCUCUGGUUCUUCACCAUCCUCAGCCAGUCUGUCCCUCACAGAAGGAGCUACACUCCUGCCAAGGUUUGUGAGAAGGUGGCUGCCCUUUCCCUACCCCAAGCCCAGCGUGGGGGAGGUCUUGCGCCCGUCCUCUUCUGCAUGUCUGAGGCCACCGGCAACUGCCGCCCCCGUUGAGAUUUGCCCUGACCCAGUUUUGAAAGACCCUUAUUUAUAACUUUUAUACUUUGUCCAGGCCUUGGCCCUUCCCUACUCCCCAGGUCUCAUGGGGCAGAGGCUGUUUUUUUUUUAACAUGUUCGUUUGUAUUGAUGUAUGAACUCGUCAAUAAACACAAUCAUUUGCUAA